UGAAACACUUUGCCGAUGGUAUGUACAAAGCGGAAUAACUCUUCGUGCAGAGAGAACAUUCAACCCGGAAGUACAACUACCAAACCGAAAGUACUUCCCAAACUGGUGAAUAUCGGGGCGGGCGGCGGGGACCAUGGAUUUCUUCAUACGUGGUAUACAUGGAAAUCUAAAGUGGAAGUGAGGCAGAUGAUGGCCACACCCAACCCCCAGGCACAGGAGGUCAUCACCUGUGACCUUUGUGUCAAGCCUACCCAGCAGUUCUGUAACAGUUGUCAAGUCAGUUUGUGUGUGGACUGUGUUAAUAAACAUGUGGACAAGCUCAAGUACCAACAACAUGACAUCGUUCAUUUCAAAGAUAGAAAGAUACAACUUGUUUUUCCUGAGUGUGAAUUUCACACAAACCAGAAAUGUGAGGUUCACUGCCAGCAAUGCGAUGUCCCAGUUUGCCUGAAAUGCAUGCUUGGUCCCCAUAAUGGACACAAAGUCAAGGAUAUGCAGGAAAUAUUUAAUGACGAGAAAAAGAAGCUUCAAAAGGAAACCAAAGAAAUAGAAUCCACCAUUAUUCCACAGUACAAGAAGAAAAAUGAAAAAACAGAAAGCAAACUAUCCAGUAUAAUGGCCGAAUUUGAUGAACUCGACAAAGAAAUAGAAAAGCACAGAAAAUCCUGGCACCAAGAAGUAGACACCAUUUUCAAUAAUCUCGGUUCUUUGAUCAAGUCCAUAAAGGAGAAUCUCCUGGCUGCUCUAAACUCUCACCAAUCCAAAAUAAAAAAUCAAAUUCCGGACAUGACCCAAACAGUUCAACAAAACAAAGAAAUUCUGAAGUCAAACAAUGUGUCUGCCGUCACUAACUACAAAUCCAAACUCCAGGAAUACAGAAACAUGCCUACUGAUAUUGAUGUCAAACUGCCAUCACUCAAAACCAACACAGUCCAAGGGAGAGAACUCAGCCUGGAAUUAGGAGAAUACAAGGCUAGCCUGACACAGAGAACAUUGUCCAGUCUGACAGAGGAAGUCUCCUAUUUAUCUUUACAGAAGCUGUUAAAGCAAGCUAAAUCAAUUACAACCAUUCCUACUGGAGUUAAUCCUCUAGUCCAUGUUGCCUGUGUGGGAGUGGAUGAAGCCUGGGUUAGUGGUAAAGAUAAAGCCAUAAGACGUGUUGACAUACACGGGUCUGUACGGGACACUGUCACCACCACAUGUAAAACCAGGCCUAGUGACAUCACAGUGACCAGACAGGGGGAUCUGGUAUACAGUGAUGCUCACAAUAGAACUGUGAACAUUGUCAGACACGGGAGAACAGAGACACUGAUAACCACACCACAGGGUGGGCAUCCAGACAAACUAUGCUGUACUAAGUCAGGGGGCAUCCUGGUCAGCAUGUUUACUACUGAUUUUAGCCAACAUAAAAUUGUCCGUUAUCAGGGACACCCAGUGACACAGGAAAUAGAUAGAGAUGAAGAUGGAGAACCAAUCUAUAAAGGAGGGAAAAAGGCACUGUAUGUGGUGGAGAACAACAAUGGAGACAUCUGUGCCUCUGAUGGUAAUGCUGACACCGUGGUCGUGGUGAACAAGUCAGGAAGAGUUCGAUUCCGAUACGACGGUACACCAGCCAGGAGGAAGGAGUCAUUUCAUCCUGGACAUAUAGUGACAGACUCCAUGAGUCAGAUCAUUGUGGCAGAUUACAACAAUGCCUGUCUACACAUCCUGGAUCAGAACGGACAGUUCCUGAGAUGUGUGGACAAUUGUGGACUAGAUUAUCCUCUAGGACUGAGUGUGGACAGUGAGGGGAGGUUGUGGGUAGGGUUGUAUGAUUCAGAAGAAGUGAAAGUGAUUCAGUACAUGAAAUAAACACAUGAUAUCACAUACAGACAUCAGAUAAUGACAGAGUUCACACAGUGCUCUUGAUGAUAUUUACACAACAGUGUUUACUUCAUACAAAAUGUAUUUAUUCAGAGUUGUUUUGUGUAACACUGAUACUUUAGACUUCAGGGUCAGUUAGUUUUCUUCUAAUUUUAACCUAGUGUGAUUUUUUUUUACUCUUGAUAUAUGAACAAAAUUCACAGCACUGUCAGCAGUCCAGGAAAUACAUGUACAUACACCAAGUGAUAUAUGUUAGUGGGAUUUUAAUCAGUUUGAUUAUGCGAAUCCCGGCAGACUUGGGGUCAAUUACAUUCAAAGUCAUUGAUUACAAUUACAGAUUAAAUUGAAAAUAUGAUUACAAUUACAUUCAUUCUGAAAUACAAUUGAUUAUAAUUACAAUUACUUUGAAAUGUAAUCGAUUACAGAUUACUUUUUAAUGUUCGAUGGUUGAUCAUAGCUUCUUUUAUAUUGUUUCAAGUGUUGCAAGGCUAGCAGAGUACCUUUAAAGGUGCUCAGCAUGCUUUACAUGCAUCAAGGAUUCAUUCUCACCUAGCUAAAAUUCUGAAAUUGUUAUUCCCACUUAGCUAAAACUGUGAUUUUCACACAUGAGCGGUCCCUGGGUAUAUAUAGUCUGUUUUAGACCAACUACCUGUAAUUAUCAGUCAGCCUAUGAAAUCAAAUCAUAUACAUGUAUAUUUAUAUUAUAAGUAUACCUUUAUUGUUUAAUAUAUGUCAAUGGCAUUGUUUAGAGGUGUACAAGUAUAUUUUUAUAGGACAGAUAGUGUAAUUAUUGAUGAUUUUACAUAUGCUUAUAUAUGUCUAUGUUUAAUGUAAACUGUAUUUUAUUUUAGAGACAAGCGCAUCGUUAAAUAUAUAACUGCCCAAUUUCAAUAUUAAACCCAAUUACCUGUGAUGUGUUACAAAUUUUCCUUUGUUCUUUAACACCCUUACCUGUGCACCAUUCCUGUUUAGCUGAAAUCAGUCAUCCAUACAGAUUUCAAAAUCUUAGCUAAGUGGGAGGACACCGCAUCAAGUUAUAAAGAAGUAAGAAAAGAUCGAUGUAUGUAACAUAAUAAUGUUGUUCAUUUACUCAAUUUAUUUCAAACAAGAAAGAAGUAUGUAGCACCAGGCGGUAUGUGGAAGUGAGAGAAAACUGAGGAAGGCAUUGUAACUCUGCGAUGAACCAAUUUUGUAUGCUUGAAUUUAUAUGUUUUGACUUGGUUGGGUGUUUUUCACACUUUCUCCAUGUGGUUCCUGUGAAGACCUACAGAAUGUGAACUUGGGCAACAUUUGUUUUUACACCCUAUCAUUAUCAGCCAGGAUUGAGGCAUUCACUUGUAUUAUGAUCUAUUAUUGAAACCAAUCUUUGUUAUGGUUAUUCAUCAACUAGAUUAAUUAUAACUAGUUUAUUACAAAAAGGACAUCUGUUUUUGUUUUGACUGAAACCAAAAGAGGGAAAAUAAAAAUAAAAUUCAGAAAUUUUAUUUUUGUUUUCAUAACAAUAUAUGGUUUUAUUCACACUUUGGUUGGGGCAUUUUGUUUUAAAUAAAAUCUGGGGGGAAAACUAAAAUAAUGAUAAAAAAAAUAAAUGCAUCUAUUUUUUAAUCAGUAAAAUAUUAAUAGCUAAUUUUCACUACAGAAGGUAAACGAGAAAUAAAAAAAACUUUUAAGAAAAACCAAAACUUUUUUGAUAAUAAAAGUAUCAAUGAAAUUCGAUAAAACAGUGCAAGUAAUCAAAAUGUAAUGUAAAUUUAAUCAUGAUUACUGGGUAAAACUAAGGUAAUCAAUUAGAUUACAUGUAAUCAAAAAUAUGUCCAAUUACAGAUUACAUUUGGUUACAUGCAAAAAUGUAAUCUAUUACAGCUGGUUAAGAUUACCCCAUCUCUGAGUCCCGGCGUUUAGUAAAACAGACUUGGAGACUGGACUAAUUGAUAGACAGCUCACUCGCUCCCUUGCCCUUCGAGUAAAUAUUUAAAGUGGAUCCCUGGCCUUAUUUAAUGUUUUGUUGUUUUAGUUUCUAUAUGAUAAUUUUUCAUUGAUGUAAACGCAAGUUUGACAAGCUGGCUUAAGUAGAUUUUAUUCAAUGAUGAUUUAACAAGGAAUUUGUUUUGUUUAGAACAUUGAUUUUUCAGUAGCGGGGUUUGUUUGUAAUUGCAUAGUGACAACAUACAAUUUUAUAUGACUGUAUUUUUAAAAUUCUUCAAUUCAAGCAUAAAAAUUUUGUAAGAGGAAAUUAUGAUUUGGAUUUUGAAUAAAAUAGAUUAUAAGUCAAUAGCAAA